CUAGAUGGCGAUAAAGACGCGCCGUUGGACUUUUCGGGGAGUCUGUGACGCGUUUUCUCUGUCGAGUACUCCGAGCAGCGCUUCAUUCAACAGACAUCAAACUAUGGAUAGGUUGGGAGAGCCGUGCACCCUGUAGGAGAAUCACUGCGACUAUCCCUCAGACCACAUGUGAAGGCUUAACGUCGACUAAAAGAUCCUGUCAUUGAUGCCUGUAGCGGGACGAUUUAACCACGGACUAUCCACAAAACCUCGCUAAAGCUGAAUGAAACUAUGUCGAAGUUAAAAAAACGGAGUAAUCACUUGUCGCCAGAUCGCGCAGAGGAGGAGAAGGGAGCCCUGGAGAAGACGUUGCCUUCCGAGAGGCAUGAAAACGGGCACGCAAUACAACCGAGUGUCACGGAGGAGGGAAAGCCGUCCACUGAGUCCGGCAACAUUCCGGAGGAUACGGUGGUCCUGAAGAGGACCAUCACCCUGGUGAACGGCGUGGCCAUUAUCGUGGGCACCAUCAUCGGCUCAGGCAUAUUCUUAACCCCGACCGAGGUGGUGAAAGAAGCCGGUUCGGCUGGGAUGUCACUGAUCAUAUGGACCGCAUGCGGCUUGUUCUCCAUGGUGGGCGCUCUCUGCUACGCCGAGCUCGGCACCACCAUCUCCAAGUCGGGAGGAGAUUAUGCCUACAUCCUGGAGGUAUACGGUCCCUUUCCGGCUUUCUUGAAAUUGUGGAUCGAGCUGCUGAUCAUCAGGCCGUCUUCGCAGUACAUCAUCGCCUAUACGUUUGCCACCUACCUUCUGAAGCCCCUCUUCCCUGGCUGCCCGGUCCCCGAACAGGCGGCCAAACUCAUCGCUUGCUUAUGUGUCUUGCUGCUGACUGCUGUUAACUGCUGCAGUGUAAAAGCAACAACGAAGGUCCAGAACAUCUUCACAGCAUCCAAGCUGCUGGCCCUGAGCGUCGUGAUCAUCCUUGGCCUCAUUCAGAUUGCCAAAGGUGAAGCUCAAGGCCUCAGCUUACAGAAGUCAUUCGAAGGGACCAAUUGGGAUGUUGGGGAUAUCGGCUUGGCUUUGUACAGCGGCCUUUUUGCAUAUGGUGGUUGGAAUUAUUUGAAUCUUGUCACAGAAGAAAUGAUUGAGCCUUACAAGAACCUCCCACGGGCGAUCAUGAUCUCUCUGCCUCUUGUGACCAUUGUCUACGUGCUCACCAACUUGGCCUAUUUCACCACGCUCACCCCGGAAGAGAUGCUGCAGUCUGAGGCUGUUGCUGUGGACUUUGGGAAUUGGCACCUGGGUCCGAUGGCCUGGAUGAUCCCCGUGUUUGUGGGUCUGUCAUGCUUUGGCUCUGUUAAUGGGUCACUCUUCACCUCCUCCAGGCUUUUUUUUGUAGGUGCCCGUGAAGGUCAUCUGCCCAGUUUGCUCUCCAUGAUCCAGCCCUCUCUGCUGACCCCUGUGCCAUCUUUGAUCUUCACUUGUGUUAUGACGCUGCUCUAUGCCUUCUCCAACGACAUCUCCUCCGUCAUCAACUUCUUCAGCUUCUUUAAUUGGGUCUGCAUUGCCAUGGCAAUCAUUGGCAUGAUGUGGCUGCGUUACAGAAAGCCUAACUUAGAUCGGCCAAUCAAGGUGAACCUUCUGCUGCCGGUGAGCUUUGUGUUGGCCUGCUUAUUCCUCAUCGUGGUAUCCUUCUGGAAGACGCCUGCAGAAUGUGGCCUCGGAGUCAUUGUCAUGAGCACGGGCAUCCCCUUCUACUACUUCGGUGUCGCCUGGAGCAACAAACCCAAGUGGCUCCAGCAGGCCAUUUUUUCCUCCACGGUGUUUGCUCAGAAGCUCUUGGAUGUUGUUCCCCAGGAUCUCUGAGAGGGAUCAUGCUGUCUGUACACAAUCUUCCAUACCGUGGUGGAUCAGCAGCUAUCCCACCACCUCUCUGGGGGAUGAAGGCUCAGUCAGGGUCCUGUGGCAGCCCGGGAUCCUGAACUCCUUCCAUGUUCCUUCUCAUGUCUCACUUUCCCACUCAGACUCUGCUGCCCAUUUCUGCUCACAUUCCAGUUCACAUUUCAGUUCACAUUCCAGCUCACAUUCCUGCUCUGUCCCCUACGGGUAUUCCUACUCUGUCUGAUAAUCCUGCCAUUCAUCUUUCGUCUUCACUGGAGGAAGAUUUUCAGAACAUCAGACUUGGAGAAUUAUUUUUACACUGAGAUUAGAGUUGCCUGACCAUAGGGUUGCAAAGGGGAGGUAAAUUUCCAGAAACUUUCCAUCCCAUGGGAAGUUUAGCUGGCGAGUUUUAGGAAUAUUCCAAGUUGGAAACUUUCAGUGGGAAUUACUGGGAAUAUAUUGGAAUUAAUGGAAAAUUCCCAGAAUUUUGCAACCUUAACUGUACCAAAGAAACACACAGACAAAAACAGAUGAAAAUUCCUAAGCUGGGUAGGAAUAAUGAGAAGAACCAGUAUUUCUGGCAAUGUUUUGGAAUUCUAAAGAUGAUGAGCAGUUUUAUGUCGUUACUUGCAAAACAUAAACUGCUGGAGUUGUUCUGCUGGUUGAGCAGCCUAAAUGCAUAGGAACACUAGCUUUCAGGGAAUCAUUUAUUCUUUAGAUGAUAUUUAUUGGAAAAGUGCCAAAUCAAUGUGUCAUGAAAUGUAUUUAUUUUUGCAGCAUUCCGUUCUUUUAUAAUGAAACAUAUAGGAUUUAAAAUAUGAAUGUACAGUAUAGUGUCUGUAUGGCAUAAAUGAAAAAUCCUGCAACUGGACAGCAGAAAUGGAAAUGAAGUUACAUUAUACUGUAUAUACGGUGUCUUGCAGAAUAUUAAUGGUUCCACUUUUUAAAAGGCCAAAAAUACCAGUAGAGCUCUAUUUGUGUAAAAUUCUUUAUAAAGAACGUUAGUGCUAUAACUUUAUAAUAUAGAUCUCCCUCAGGGACAACAAACACCAGACAUGGUAAUUGCCUAUUUUUCAUUUAUACAGCACACGCACGGCGUUCCAGUGCUGCCGCCGCGUGUUGGGAAGCAUUACAGCAGCGUAAUUAACGGAGUGGGCGGUUUCUUCCGGGCAGGGCUGAGGAAAUGUGUAACGAGCCGAUAAGGGGCGGAUAAUACAAAUCCGCAUUAACUGGUAACAUUAACGAAAAUUUGGUGACCUUAAAAGAUUUUUUUAUCUGCAAAUAAAGAUUAUGAUCUUUUCAA